AUGUGGCGGAUAUGGUGUCGGCGGGGGUUUGAGUGGAGGGGUGGGCCCCACACGUGGGCAGUGGUCACCGGAUGUACGGACGGCAUAGGCCUCGAGUACGCGCGACAGUUGGCCUCAAAGGGCUAUAACUUACUACUCGUUAGUCGUAAUCCAAACAAAUUGGCUAAAGUUAGGCACGAGAUUGAGUCGACAUACCGGUGCCGUUGCAGAGUACUGGCCCUCGACUUCUCACGAACCGAUGUCUACGACAUUAUUGAAAAGGAGUUCAAGAGAUUGGAGGAAAUGGAUGAAGAAAUCCAUGUUUUGGUAAAUAAUGUGUCGAUUUGUUACCCAAAGGAAAGACCGCAAUAUUUCACAGAAAUACCGAAUUUAUCGCAAUUUAUUGAAUCCAUAAUUAACGUCAAUAUCAACGCCUGUACGCGACUCAUGGCACUGGUAUUGCCCCGUAUGGUAGCCAAAGGCCGGGGAGCUAUCAUUAACCUGUCAUCCAUGUCGGCCCUCUAUCCCACACCAUUACUAGCCAUCUACUCGGCCACCAAAGUAUAUAUCGACUACUUUACCCGAUGCCUACACCAAGAAUAUAAAAGCAAAGGGGUUGUCAUACAGAGUCUGAUACCGGCCUACGUGUCCACCAAUAUGUCCCAUAAUAUGGAGCCGGGUAUGUUUGUGCCCACUCCUCAUGAUUUUGUGAACCACGCCCUGAAAACGGUGGGCCGGGAGUCGAGAACCGCCGCAUACUUUUCGCAACGAAUAUUCGUUUAUCACUACUAUUUCUACGGCUUUUGGUCGCAAGCCUUAGGCAUUGAUUUAUGCAUUCAUAUCACGUAUAGCCGCAUGAAAAGCAUUUACAAUAGGAUUACUCGAGAUAUAAAACACGAGAUAAUUGGCUCCAAGGAUAGUGAGAGUACCAGGAUCAAUCUAGACUAA